AUGUUUCGCAUGAAUGACAAGGAGAAGGAAAGUGCAUCUUGUACCCGACGAAAAAGCGGCAAGAAGUUAGCAGUAGGUUUGUUUCUAUUAUUGACGGCGUCUUCUGCGGACGCCGCUCGGAUUCUGGGAGUCUUCCCGACCCCAUCAUACAGCCAUCAAAUAGUAUUCCUUCCUAUCGUAAAGGAAUUAGCAAAAAGAGGACAUGAUGUGGUGGUGAUGACAUCUGAUCCAAUGAAAGAGAACAUCAACAACUUGAAACAAAUAAAUAUCAGUUUUGGAUACGAUUUGAUAAACAAGUAUAACUUCUCAAAGACCAUCAAUGAAAAUAAUAAAAAUCCAUUUAAAUUGAUAAACACAUUCAUGCAGAUGUUAAGUGAAUUUUCAACCACCCUAUUAGAAUAUCCGGAAGUGCAAGCAAUAAUUAACAAUGAAAACGAACAUUUCGAUCUACUGAUGGUUGAAUAUUUGAUACCAACGUUUCUCGCUUUCAAGCACCGUUUCAACUGUUCGAUGAUUGGUUUAACAUCUUUGGAUUCUCCUUACCAUGUGCAUGCAACUGUAGGAAAUCCAGUUCACGCCGUCUUAUAUCCCGAGCUGAAUUUACCGUUCCAAACACAAAAGUUAAGUUUCUUUGAGAGAUUAAUUAGUUUCAUGUAUGUGCAUUUUACAAACUUUUGCUUGUAUAUGGAAAUUAUUCCUGCAGAAGAGAAAACAAUAGCGAAAUAUUUUGGGAACAACUAUCCUCCUUUAUCAGAACUUUUAGAUUCACUCGACAUGCUUUUUAUAAACGUCAAUUACAUUUUACACACUAUAAGACCGUUGACACCAGCCACCGUUGCCAUUGGUCCGUUCAUCCACAUAAAACCACCCAGGAAAUUACCAAAAGAUUUGAAAUUAUUUCUGGAUGAAGCAAAAGAGGGUGUCAUUUACUUUAGCUUGGGCUCAAACGUUAAAAGCAAAGAUAUAGCGCCGGAAACGCGUGACGUUAUUAUGAAAACGUUUGCAAAUCUUCCGUACAAAAUCCUUUGGAAAUUCGAGUCCGAAAGUUUACCUGGAAAACCCGACAACGUUAAACUUCAUAAGUGGGUGCCUCAGCAGGAUGUCUUAAGGCAUAAAAACGUAAAAUUAUUUAUCAGCCAAUGCGGAUUGCAAUCUUCAGAAGAGGGUAUUUACAGUCAAGUGCCUAUUCUCGGUCUACCAUUCUACGCUGAUCAAGUAAACAAUGCAUACAAAUUAGAAUUAAACGGAUUAGGUUUAUCCUUGGAUUACAAAGAAAUGACUAUCAAAAAAUUUACACUUAGCAUCAACGAACUAAUUAAUAAUAUUACGUAUAAAGAAAAAGUUAAGAAGAUUUCAAAUAUACUUAAAGAUGAGCCAAUGUCAGGUUUAGAGAGAGCCGUUUGGUGGACAGAGUACGUUUUGAGGAAUAAAGGAGAGCAACACUUGAAAGGUCCCGCAGUUGAUAUUCCUAUAUAUCAAUAUUACUACUUGGAUAUAAUUACUUUCUUCUCUCUUAUACUAUUUUUACUAAUAUCAGUUAUUUACUUGUCAGUCAGGAAAUGCUUCAAAUUUGUUACAAAAAAGAUUAAGAGUGAUUAAUUUAAUAGUAUAUUUGC